AUGGACAUUAAAUUAUAAGUCGAUAAUCUUACUAAACCUAUUAAAGAAGUACUUUAGAAUAUUGAUCAAGUUAAAGCGUAAAUCCUAUUAUCCCAUAGUCAAUAAUUUGCACUAUCUAUAAUUGAAUUUAUUUUCUUAGGGAAUUGCUGUCCUUGCACUUUAACGCCUGUUGAAUAUAAAACCAUAAUUAUCCAAUAUGUUUAACAAUUAAGAAAGUAUUAUCAGAACAAUAAGGAAUCAACAGCUUGCUAAAUUGUAAACAAACUGAUAAAACAGCGGUAAGAUCAUGGAGAUCGUGAACAGGAAGGUUUUAUGAAUUCAGAUGAAGAAGAAACCAAUUUGGUUAAACAAAUAACAUUUUAGUAAAAUACUUAAGAUUAUUCCAACGAUGCAGGUUUGGAAAAGCACAAAUUGGUACUACAAUAGAAGGAUUACGAAAUCGCAAAUCUCAAGGCAAAACUAUAGGUAAAAGAGUAGAAACUCCUGGAUUUGGCUAGUGGUUACUUAAAGGAUUUAUAAAAUAUGAGAGAACAAAUGUAUAAAAAGUCUGAUGAUUUUGAUUACUAUGAGGUUUCCUAUUGUGACGUAACAGAUAUUGAAGAUCCUCGUUAUAGAGAUUUAGUUAAUAACAAGAUAGCCAAUUUGAAGAGUCAAUACGAAAAGAAAACAAGGGAAAUAUAUCUAUUUGUACAGAAGCAAAAGACUGAAAUUUAGAAUUUGAGAUAGACUGUUGGAACUUACGAGUAAAAGUUGUAGUUGAUGGAUAAUAUAGAGUAUCUGAUGAAUCGCGUAUUUGCAUUAGAACAAGACCCUUAUAAAAUAUGGAAAUACAUCCAGGAUAUCAAAGGAAAUGAAUACUUUCAUGAUGUUUUUGAAAAAUAGAAACCAGCUUCAGGAAUUCGAUAUAGAGAAGUGAAUAAACUGUUGAUGGUAACAAAAGCUUACGAUAGAGAACUAGAAUAUUUUAAAAAAGGAAUCGAAGAUCAAAUGUAUGUCUAUUUGGAGAGGGCUUGUGGAAUCAUUAAUAUCUAAAACCAAGAUCAAUUGGAUGAAAUACAGGAGCUGAAAAAGGAAGUUGCCAGAGUUUAGUAGUUUGAGAGUAGAAUCAACUAAUAAAUUAUGCGUUAAUUUGAUUAGUUUAAAAAAUAAUUGAAAUAACAUUAAGAGGAAUAUUUGGAUGUAAAAUCUAAAGAAUUGUAAUAAUUGCAGAAAAUUCAACUUAAAUACGCUACUCGACUCUGGUAUUUAGUGAGUCAAGUAAAGAAUGGCAAAGAUAUCAAGGAAUUGAUCUUAUAUGCAUAUUAGAAUGACUACGAAAAACUGACAUCGUAACAGUUCUUGGAGUUGGAAAAUAAUUAUCUGUAAGGUAUUAUCACUACGAAAAUAAAGUAAGAAGAAAUCGCAGAGUUGAGCAAUAAGUUGGAAUAGAUGUAAUUAUCUAAUGACGAACUUAAGAUCUAAAAUUCAUAGAUGAAAGUGACUAUUUUAGAUCUUAAAGCCAAAGUUAAGAACAAUCAGAAAUGUUUGCAACAAACAGUUAAACAUAUUGAUGCUAAGAUCAAUCAUGAAUAACUUAAUCUGGAUGACAAUAACAGGGAAACUACCAUUAGUUUUAAAGACAGACUUAAACAACUUAGACAAUAGCACAAUGGAUUAAAAUUUAUAUAAGAAGUGCAAUUGCAAUAUGAAAAAAAUGAUAUGGCAUUAGAAUUUCUAAGUACAUCAUAUGAAAACAGAUAGACUUAAACUAUGAUUGGAAAUGUCAGUAAGAGUUUGGCAGAAGCCAUUUAAAUACAUGAGAUGAAUAGAAUUAGUGAUGAAACAAAUGAGGAUUACGAUUACAUGUAAAAUAAAUAGAGGGAUAUAGAAUGCUAAACUGAUUUAAUUAAUGUUGAUGAAUUAUUAAAGUAAAUUACAGCUUUGAAAUAAUAAAUUAAACAUUUAUCAUAAGAUAUAGAUGAUAUGGAAGGUGAAGGAGUAAUAUAAUAGCAUUUUUAGCUUAUUAAUUAACGAAAUCAAUCCUUUGAUGUUAAUUCAUCUCAAAAAAGCUCAAAUCUUAAAAGAAGAUAUGUUUAAGUUAAUGAAUCUAAGGAUUCAUACUCAAAUUACUAAGAUGAUCUUAGAGCAUCCAACGACAAAAGUAAUGGUUAUCAAUUAGGAUAGACUAAUUAAUUAAUAAUCUUGCAUCCUUAAUCAUCAGUUGAAAAAAUUGCCUAAACUUAGACAUUCUAUACAUCCAAACUCUAAUAAAAAGGAGUAUUUAAUAGAUUAUUUGAGGAUAGUAAGAGGAAGUGCGAAAGAAUCUAAUAAAUCAAAAAUAAUUUGGAACUUUUGGAAAAGGAGCAUUGGUAAUAGGUAGCUGAAUUAGUAAAAGAGGAUUAAGAAAUAGUGAAUGCAUUUAAAGAUAGUCUUUCAUCAAGCAAACAUUUUUAUUAGAAAUAGUUAAAAAGAAAUAUGGAAAUGGAAUAAAAAUACUUUCCACAAAAACAUAAUAGGGCUCAAUUCUAUUUCAAAAAGUUUAAGGAUUUUCAUGUGCAUCAAUAAGAAUUAAAUGAAAUCUUUUUUGAUCCUAAUUCUAGUGAUGAAAAAACUUAGGAAAUUUAGAGAUUGAACAUCAAAAGUGUAGUUGAUAAUAGAAAAUUGAAUGGAUAAAUCAAAUUUAAUGGAUUAAAAAGGGAGGAAUAUUAAUUCUUUAAGUAACUUGAAAAGAGAAAAUAACAAAGCAGAACUUUUAGAAGUACUUAAUAAUCUCCAAAAUAGAAGAGGGUCCAGUAUGUCUCAUUUACUAAACCAUUUAUUGGAAGUUUAACUAGCUAUGAAAUGAACGAUUUCAAUAACUAAUAAAUCACUAAACACUUGUAAAAAGUUUACGAUUUGGGCUGA